AUGAAGCUCUCCAUGGUCUUUGCAUUCGCUGCGGGUGUUCUCGCCAUGCCUACUUCGUACAGUGCGGAGCCUUUGAAGAACAACGAAACCGCCCUUGUCGACUACUACAUCUUCAACCUGACCCUGCCUGAAUUCCUAGCCAAACGCGAGGCCAAGGACCCUCCCUCUCUGAACUGGACCAGCGAUGGCUGCACUACUGCCCCAGCUAAUCCCUUCAACUUCGACUUCACGGUAGGGACCCUAAGCUGCCUUCCCCUUGACUUACGUGGGCGGAGGUUCACUGCACCCGUAGAGUCUGCGCUAACAGGAUCAAACAACCAGCCCGGCUGCCAGCGUCAUGAUUUCGGCUACGCAAACUACCGAAAGCAGGGUCGCUUCGAGGUCCGUGGAAAAAGGAGGAUCGACGAGCAGCUCCUGGUAGAUCUGAGAAAUCAAUGCAAGAAGGUCACUCACGUGUGGAGCAAGGUCGGUUGCGAAGGUCUUGCGGAGGCCUACUUCUUUUUCUACCGUUCAAAUGAGUUUGGCGGCGGCCACGAUGCUACAAGACAUGUAAAUCCGGGACUUACUAGAAUGUCGCUAAAGGCAGUGAGAGAAAAGAAGGGAAAGGGAAAGGAGGAAAAGGAAAAGGAGGCAAAGGAAAAGGAAGCAAAAGAAGAGGAGGAAAAGGAAAAGGAAGCGAAAGAAAAGGAGGAAGAGGAAGAGGAAGCAAAGGAAAAGGAGGAAAAGGAAAAGGAAGCAAAGGAAGAGGAGGAAAAGGAAAAGGAAGCGAAAGAAAAAGAGGCAGAGGAAAAGAAAGCGGAAGAAAAGGAAGCGAAAGAAAAGAAGGCAGAAGAAAGGAAGGCGAAAAGGAGGGAAAGGUGGGAGAAGUUCGAAAAGAGUUGGUGGAGAUAUUGGGUGCCUGUUUUAACACCAUUACACAAGAAGUGA